AAAAGGUUGCUAAUAUUGGAACAAAAAUUAUAAAAUCGAUAUCCCUAAAAAAGGUUGCUAAUAUUGGAUCAAAAAUAUUUUUUAUGUGUGCCGUUCCAUUUAUAUUUUGGUACGAAACAGUUUACGUUCUACCAUUCUUCUACGAUCCGUCAACAUUUUGGUAUAAGUUUCAUUAUAUGUGUGCAAUGUUCGUAUUUUUUAAUAUUGUCGUAUCGUAUGUAUUCACCCUUUUAUGUGAUACAAGUAUUAAAGGCCGUUUAAUUAAAAUCACAGAAGGAACAUCGCUAUGUUUAGUUUGCGACAGCGUACAACCACCACGGAGCUGGCAUUGUUCAUUAUGUAAUACUUGUAUUUUAAAACGUGAUCAUCACUGUUAUUUUGCAAGUACGUGUAUUGGCUUCUAUAAUUAUCGAUAUUUUUACACAAUGUUAUUAUUUGUAACAAUCGGAUUGCUUUAUUUUGGAUAUUUUCAUGUUUUUUACACUUAUCAUAAUUUAGAAUAUGAUUUGUUUAUGUAUAUACGAAUUUUUGUGCCAUUCAUAAUAAUAUUUUUUGAUGAUCUCGCUACACAGAUUAUCGUUGCUAUAUUUUUAAUAGUGGGUUUAGGAAGUGGAGUUUGUAUUGCGAUGUCGGUUUUUUAUUUUGAUCUAAUAAGAAAGGGGCAAGUUAACAUUGAAAGUAGACGGAAAAAUACAAAAUAUGAUUUAGGAUUUAAAGAAAAUCUUCGUCAGGUAUUUGGUGAACUAUGGUAUGUUGCAUGGUUAUCACCAAUUAUCCCAUCAAAGUUACCUGGUGAUGGUAUUAAUUUUAAAAUUAAUGAAACAUUCAAAGAUAUUUGAAUUACUUAAUCUUAAGCCAUAAAAUGGUCUUUCGAUUUACCAAGAUUAUUUUCAAUUACAAAGGGGAUUCAUUUUUUUCUAAAUAGAUCGUAAAAUUUUUUUCUAAAGAUCGUAAGUCUAAACAAAAAGACGGCACCAUAUUGUAGGGAAUAUUUUGAUUUUGGCGUUUUGAGUGUUAACUAUCAUACUUUAUAUUUUGGACUCUGGUAGUACAUUUCCUAGUUAAAUUGAGCAGUCAUACAUAUUUUAAACUAACUAAAAAAUUCCCAAAUUGUUUUAACAAAAGUUUUAGUGACCACAUCGAUUUUACAAAUUUGGGUUUUCUGUAAAUAUUGAUAGUACCAAUUGAAAAAACUAGUCAUAUUUUCUAUCAUGGAGCAUUAAAAUUGUAAUCUAUUAAAAAAAUUAAAUUUUGUACAGUAUUUUAUAAAAAAUAGGGUUGGUAAUAAGGUCCCAAAUUACGUAAUAAAGUUAAGAUAAAAAGGAAUGUUUCUAAAAACAGGAAUAUAUAAUACAUUUCAAUG